AGCUGCACAGACACCCCCGCGCCAAGUUCCAGGCUGCACCACCAAAAGCCACGGCAGGCUUGGGGAAGAGAGUCAUGGCCACCUGGGGUGAUCUCCAGACAAAGAGUCUGUCUUUGCACAAAGUACAGUCAGAACUGGCACGCCUCAGAUCCGGGGGAAUCACGGCUUACAUCUUCCCUGAUGAUGCUUCAAGAAGCCACUAGUGGGGUUGACCACAUCUUUUGGAGGUCUGACCCAAGGUUAAAAACUAGACAAAAGAUCGAGGAGUGACGGGCGCCCAGCAUAGAGCCCCUGUUUCUGAUGGGACCCUGAGGCUCAGAGACCACCCACGUAAGACAAGUGCCACUCGGAAACCAUGGAGACGGCAGUGAUUGGAAUGGUGGCAGUGCUCUUUGUUGUCACCUUGGCCAUCACCUGCGUCCUCUGCUACUUCAGCUACGACCAGAAGACCCAAGACCCAGAGAGAGGGCCCAGGAGGAGCUUCACCGUGGCCACGUUUCACCAGGAAGCGUCGCUCUUCACAGGGCGUGGUCUCCAAGCCCGGCCCCUGCCGAGAGCCCAGAACUUCUGGACUGUCGUGUGAGGCUGGCGGCCCCUCAGCGGUCAGUCGUUCUGCUAGUGGGUCAGGCUCGCCUACCCCUUCAGCAAGCAUUGUCUGGUGUCUCACAACUCCCAGGCCUCUAUCUUUGUCUUUUCAUGUUCCAUAAACUUCUUGCCUUCUACCCUUUCUGCUGGCUCUGCCCUGUGACCUGGGGAAGCUGACGUGCCGGGAUCAGGUGUGAGUUACCUCUAAGCUGGGCCCUACUCACUACAAUGGGGCUGAGGAGCCUGAGGAGGUGUGGACAGACACUGUGUGGCAUUCUAUGGUGGGGUGUCUCCAGCCAGCUAUGGAACCUCACUCCAGGUUAGUUUAGCACCCUGUCAGCAGGAUGCCUGAGACAAAGUCUACUUGCCACCCAAGGAACCAGCGCCCUCAAGUGUACAUUUGGAUGAACUACUUCUUGUUUGUUUGUAUUUUUGGACGCCCUGUGACGCCUGACCCUGAGACUUGCUCCUUAAUCAGCCCUGAAAUUCUGACACCAAAGAGCUGUUUUCUGGGAACAAGUGACUUAUUUUAUAAUUGCAAAUGUAUAUCCUUUUAUGGGUCUUUCCAAAUCUGCUUUGGAAAACCACAAAAGGAAGCAGAAUAGAAAAAGAGCCACAGAAAGCACAAGGUGUUUCAUUACCAGGAAGGCCACCGAGAAGACUUUAAACACGUUUUGAACAAGACUUGCUUUAUUGCUAUAGUCCGACAGACCGCGUCUAUUCUUAGCAGACGUGAGCAAUUUGCGUCACUUAGGAAUGAUAGA